AUGUCCUAUGGCAUUUUGUUACUACAUAUUUUAUUAGUUUUGUAUCGCAUAGACCUUUCAUAUGGUCAAUGUGAGCAUCUAGAGCAUCAGAAUGAUAGAAACAUAUUCCUAUGGUCUGUAAAACAUCCUCAACUAUUUUCACAAGGCUACUUGUUUGGCACGAUUCAUGUUCCAGUCACCGAGGUUUGGAAGGAAGUUAGUGAUCGAGUUCGAGAAGCUUUUUACACCUCGGACACCGUACUCCUAGAAAUAGAUUUGCAUGAUGAAGCUACUAUUCAUGAAUUGAUAGCUUGUAAGAAUUUGGCAUUUGAUGAAACAGCACAGUCCUAUUUGCCAAAGGAAUUGUUCGAGAAAAUUGAAAAGAUUAUGGAAUAUCUUCGAUCCAAUUUCCUCACCUGGGCACAAAGUCAAAAUCCAAGGGACGUCAAAAAGAUUAAACACGCCGAGGACAUCUACAAUAAUAUCACAGGUAGUUCUCAUCUCUAUAUAUGUUGUAUUACACGUGUUUGCCCUCUCAAAAUGAGACGUUUGUUUGAGUGGGUCAUUCAUUCUCACGAGAGCUACCAGAGUCCAAACAGUAUAUGCUACCAGAUGGUAAAUACCGGAACAGAUGAUUUUAGCACUACUAGCGAAAAUAAUUUGUUUUGUGUGAAAACAGAAGGUAAUUACGACUCAGCGUUCAUCUCGAUAAUUGUUUAG